CCCACCCCCCACUUCUCUGCAGGUCGGUCUCGUUUUCUUAUAGGUGGAACCUGCUAAGCGCUCCCCGCCUCCCCGCGGGUGGGGCGGAACCUGGAGGAGCCUCACGUGAGGGGAAGGGCAGGAACCUAGGCUGACAAGGGAAAGGCCUGGGCCCAUUCUGGGAAUAGCACCGGUUGUCCCUCCCAGGCUGUCCAGGCCCCACUGGCAAUGGGUGAGAGGGAGGAGGACACUGAGGAAGCCUGGCUGCAGCUGCGGCCCGUCGAGCCCUUGCCCUCCCAGUGCUGCGGCGGUGGCUGCUCACCCUGUGUGUUCGACCUCUACCACCGAGACCUGGCAAGGUGGGAGGCAGCCCGAGCCAGCAAUGACAGGAGCCUGCUGAGUGGGCAGAAGUCACAGAGCUGCCCCUCCAAGCUGAGCCCAGAGACCUUCCUGGCCUUCCACAUCAGUGCCAUGGACAAACUCACGAAGGACACUUACUGUGUUCGAUUUGCACUACCUGGGAACAGCCAGCUCAGCCUGCAGCCUGGCCAGCACCUCAUCCUACGAGGGGUAGUGGAUGACUUAGAAAUUCAGAGAGCCUACACACCCAUCAGCCCUGCCAACACAGAAGGAUACUUUGAAGUUUUAAUUAAGUGCUACCAGACUGGGCUGAUGUCCCGGUACGUUGAGUCCUGGAGAGUAGGAGACACAGCUUUCUGGCGAGGACCUUUCGGAAGUUUCUUGUAUAAACCAAACCAGUAUGGUGAGCUCCUCAUGCUGGCUGCGGGCACUGGCCUGGCCCCCAUGGUGCCCAUCCUGCAGAGCAUCACAGACAACGCGGACGACGAGACUUUUGUCACUCUAGUCGGCUGCUUCAAGACCUUUGAGGGCAUCUACCUGAAAACCUUCCUCCAAGAGCAGGCCCGUUUCUGGAACGUCCGCACUUUCUUUGUGCUCAGCCAGGAGAACUCCCUGGAGCAGCUUCCCUGGAGUUACCGGGAGAAGACCCGCUUCGGCCGCCUGGGCCAGGACCUGGUGGAGGAGUUGGUUGGCUGCUGUCGGAGAAAGCCCUUUGCACUGGUCUGUGGCUCGGCUGAGUUCACCGAGGACGUAGCCAGGUGCUUGCAGUGUGCGGGCCUCACCGGGGACUCCUACUUCCUCUUCUAGUCUGGGCUGCCCUUCCAGAGCCAGGCUGGACCUGCUGCGGGAAUGUGAGAAGAAGCAUAGACUGCAAGCAGAAGACGAGUCCAGGCCUGGCCCUGCUGCUGGCUUGCCAGGCAACCUCCGUUUCUCAGCGGUUCCAUGGGGUUCAUCGUUCCUCCUGGCAUACUGCUGUGUGGAGGGAGAACAGGAGGCUGGAGGGGCUCGGGUAGGGCGGCGCCAGCCUGGAAGCAGGGAAGACUCCUCAGAGGAAGCCAAGUGCAGGCUGAGCCCAGGACAAGUAGGAGCAGGGCAGGGGAAGGGGCCAGAGGAGCUUCCUUGGUCCCUCUUAUCAGAGGGCCUGUGAAGGACUCUGGCUGUGGUCUCAGCACUGGCUCAGACUAGGGCUGCCUUAGUGUGUAGGGAUGACACAGGGGUGGCUAAGAGCCCUUUGCAGGAGGACCUCCCUUGCCUAUGUACCUCCUGUGCUGUGAGCCUGACAUGCCGAAGGCCUUGGGGUCUAUGACUUGACCAUGUUCUGAGAGCAGGGCAGGGCCCUGGAUUGCCCAGGGCUUUCCUGCUGCAAAUGGCUUCAUUCUCAGUCCCCCUCUCAUGGUUCUGCAGCCGGGUCUAGAGUCCUUUCCCCUACAAAAGCAGAGGCAGGAGAGGCAAACACACGCCCCUCCUUCCUCCUACAGGCAGGCGCCUUCAGCUCUGGUGCCCUGGCGACGGUUGCUAUGGAGAUCUAAAGAUAGAGCAGGCGUCAGGAGACCUGGGUCCCUCUCCCAGCUCUGCCCACUGAGCGGCUGCUGAUUCCGAUCCACCCACCCUUUCCCUCUGCACCCCAGGAACCCGGCGCUCCUGGUCAGCACACUGCCAUUAACGAAUUCUGCUUUUCAGGGUCUGGGCUCCAGCGUGCGUGUGCCGCACCGGCUCAGGUUGGCUACGGGCAGUUCCAGCAAUGGAAUACUAAGCUGUGGAAUAGUACACUUAGACUUUUACAGUCAUAGAAUUGCAGUCUUCAUCGUAUCCAAGCUGAAAGUUCAGGACUCAAAAAACAUGCAGUGUAACAGACCUACUGUAUAAAUGGAGAAACCAAGGCCCAAUGAGGCUAAGUGACUUGCCCAGGGUAAGACAGUUCAUCCAGAGCCAGCACUAGAAGUCUUCUAGUUUCAACCUUAUGUGCAUAGUUCUGCACCAGUGGUUUUCAAACUAGGCUCCACAGGGCGCUAGGGUUCCUUGCAUGGCAGCAGUGAAGGGACAGUCAGAGAGAUCCCCAGUUUUCCCAGUUCUAUUUUUAUCCCAUUUAUAUAUUGGGGCUUGGAGUAAUUUUUAUUUGUAAAGAAAGGAUUUUCCUGUCCCACCCCAAAAAUUACAACAAAUCUCUGUGUUAUGCCAUGUUCAAUAAACAGCCAUGACAAGCAGCUGGGGAACAGA